AUGAGAGGCUUAUGGACUCAAGCGUCUCGACCAAGGCUAAGAAGCUCUCACUCUCUCUCCUCGACCGAGUCCCUCAGCUCUACCCUUGUUCGAAAGACCACCACCAGACCUCCAAGGCGCCGGCCAGGCUUCGGUGACGCAUUCACCGUCCUUUUGACUCCUGUCCUUGCGGCCGCCCUCUUCGUCGAUACUAGUUGGAAGGCAAAACAGCGGAAGGAUUGGGAUGAGAGGCUCGCUGCCAUCGACAAUGAAAUAGAUUCGCUCAAGGAGCGGGAGCGGCAGCUCCGGAGCAGUCUCCAAUUCCGUAACACCCUGUCUGGAAUUUCUCAGCAACGAAGAUAUUAUGCUACAGCCGUGCAAGCGCGGGUGCAAGACGAUGAAAUCCCGGGGGAAAUUGAGAUGCCAAUUUGGCCGGCGGAUUUGGGUCAGGAAGACGGAGUGUUGCAGGACGAGAAGAUACCGAUUCGGCAAGUGCUCUCUGCACGCGAGUUCUCUGCUGAGCAGUUAUCCAACUUCCAGCGUUACCAUCGUCUGAACGCAAUCACCUUGGCACUUAGGAUGCUCCUGCAUCUACGCGUCGGACCCAAUCACUUCUAUUCGAUCGUUCCACCGGACGAUCUAGUAGACAGUGCAGUCCCUGAAACUUCUGAGGAUAACGGCCCUCUUCCAGACACCAAUCGCUUAGCCGAGAUGCUGGCUCUGACACGAAAGCAGAUGCGUUCUUUGGGCAACCUGGAAGACCUUUUCUAUGUGGCACCUCGCAUUCAAGCGCAGGCUGCCAGGGGUGGCCUUCAACAAGCCAUAAAAGAGCUAACGGCUGAGUUCGAUGCUGGCCGAAUACCACUGACUGGGCUGAUUGACGGUUAUGGAAAAGCGGUUCUUCACACGGACGAAGUGCCUUCUGUCUCCGUUUACGUUAUGCUCAUUCGGUCUCUUUCGAAGGUUGGAAGCCACAGCUUAGCCUACCAUGCCGUUGCCGCACUGAAGAGGAGCACCCUACCACUUUCAGACCCUGCAAUCUUCUAUAUGCUAUUGCAAAUUGGUCGAGCCUGCGAUUCCCGCUCUCUGAAUCAUAUGCUGCACUUCAUAGCAAAGUCGGAUAACCCGCUGAACGUAAUUCACAAGUGGGAAAAGACACGUGUCAAUGGAAUGGACCUUCCUGUUCCCGCCACUCUGAAUCCACGCCUUUUGAUGGUCUUGGUCUAUGCAUCCCUGAGGUGCGAGCAACCGACGCGGGCUGAAGCUUGGUUAACGCUCCUCCGCGAAGCGGACUAUGGGAGCAUGUGGAAGGAUGACCUGUUCAGAAGCUUUCUAGCCUACUACUCUCAGCACGGGAAUUGGGAGGAGGGCAAGAAAUGGUUACAGCGUUCUGUGAACCACGCCUUGACGAUCGCGAAUCAGUCGAUUGAUCGGCUAGCAAGGGUGAUAUACCGUAUGCUGGAUCUGUGUGUGCGUUGCUGCAAGCUCGCAGAAUAUACCACGAUUCUCGAUGCAGCAGUUGAUGCAGGCAUUGCGCCGCCACUUGUCGAUAAAACUCAGAAUGAUCGCAGGACAUUUCACCCACGGACUCGAAGCAUUCUUCUAGAGUGGGAAUCGCUCCCUCUUCCGGACAAUGUCGGAGAGUGCCCUGCGCAGGAAAAGGCAAGGUCAUUUCAACUAGCUUGCAGGUCUUUAAUGGAGGAGCUUUCCGGAAAGCCGCAAAAAGUCCAGAGUACUCAAGGGAACAAGGAUAGCGAGCUGGUGCUGAUGGCACCUACGGCUCAAAGCCCGAGUCUCCGGUAUGCUGUGCGAAGACCGAUGUCAGGUUCCCCUGCGACCGGUGGCGGUGAAUAUUCCUCGGCCGAGCUGGACAAACUGCAAAGCAGAUUCACCCAGCAGGAAGCCAUUAUUUCUCAGUUGAAAACGAAACUGGACCUGGCGGAACUACGACAAAGAUCUUAUCAAGAAGAAGCAGCUCAAAGGGCACAAAGAUGGAUGAAAAGUACAUCAGCAUUGGCACAGGAGCUGCGAGAAUCGAAAGAAGGCUAUGAAAGGCUUCAGAAGUUGAAUGAACUUUACGAGGAGGAGCGCGCAAACAUGCGAGCGGAGAUGUCAGCUCUGAAAGCUGUUGCUGAACAAUUGAUGCAACAACGACAACAGCCGCCGAAGCAGAACACCUCAACUGCCACGGAGCAGUUAUCGGGAGAGAAGAAUAUAGAAAGUGAACCACGGAAGACAGGGUUAGUGGAAGAAAUGUCGACUAUGCCCGACCCGAAACAACCACCAACUCAGUUACAAAACUCACCAGAGACCAGAGCCCCGACGAAAUCAGUCGAAAGUUCCAAAGCUCGGAAAUAUCGUCCCAAGAUUGGUCCCAUUCUGACGGCUUCUGGAGAGGUCAGAAUUCAGACCUACUCGAAAGCCUUUGACAAAGAUGUUAGACCAAGGACGUUCAAACGGGUUGAGGUCAAGAUGCAACACGCCACAACCUCAUCUUCGGUGCCUUGA